AUGGGUAAAAGAGCAAAUCGAUGCACUAGAAGUGGUGAGAAACCAUUUGAGAUCUCUCCCGACGGUAGAAAGACCGGAGAGAGGCGAGUUGUUGCAACUUUACAUCUCUGCCUCACCAAAAACAACUGCAGCAGUGUUGCUAGUCGAGAGAAAAAGACAAUAGAUGCCGAUAUAUUUUGUCAGUCAUGUGUUGUGUUGAAUGCGACAGAGCGCAGGUAUCCGUUAAUUGAAAAAUUGGCGUUGGCAGUGGUAAUGGCGGCAAGGAAGUUGAGGCCGUAUUUUGAUUCUCAUCCUAUAGAUGUUCUAAUUAAUCAUCCAUUGGAAAAGUCGCUGCAAAAGAUGGAUACGUCGGGCCGAUUAUUAACAUGGGCAGUAGAGUUAUCAAAGUACGAGAUACAUUAUAAGCCUAGAACAUCAAUCAAGGCUCAGGCCCUUUCGAAUUUCAUUGUUGAAACCUCAUACAAUGAUGAAGAGGAAGAGUUGGGAACUUGGCAAGUGUCAGUGGAUGGCUCCGCAACAUCAACAGGGUCAGGGGCAGGAGUUGUAAUAACGGCUCCAGAUGGCAAACUUUUUGAAUAUGCAAUGAAAUUUAAGUUCAAAGCCACUAACAACGAAGCUGAAUAUGAAGCUACAAUAGCUGGGAUUCAGUUGUCAGUAGCAGCAGAAGCAAAACGCCUAGUUCUAACAACUGAUUCACAGUUGGUAUCCAGUCAGUAUACCGGAGAAUAUGAAACACGAGAGCCAACAAUGAUAAAGUAUCUUGAAAAAAUGAAACAGUUAAUAGCGCAGUUGCAGUAUUUUGAAAUAAAGCUGGUACCAAGAGCGCAGAACGCGCAGGCCGACGCGUUGGCAAGAUUGGCCAGUUCGAGCUUUAAUGAUUUAGAGAGAACGGUUAUGGUGGAGAUCUUAACCCAAAAGAGUAUAGAUGAAGAAUUGGAAACGGUUCUGUGUAUCAGUAACAGCACCCAGUGGUUUGAUAAAAUUGUGGCAUAUCUCCUGUAUUGGGCGUUACCGCUUGAUAAGGGGGAAUCAAGGAAGUUGCGGAGAGAUAGUGUGUGGUUUAUUAUGCAUCAGGGUCAAUUGUAUAAAAGGGGAUUUUCAUUACCGUUGCAGAGAUGCAUAACAGAUGUUGAGUCAGCCAAGUUAGUUGAAGAAAUACAUGAAGGCACCUGCAACAAUCAUCUCGGUGCAAGAGCUCUAUCACGAGAAGCAAUGAGAAGGGGAUUUUACUGGCCGACUAUGAAUGAAGAUGCCGUCAGAUAUGUAAAAAAGUGUGAAAAGUGUCAAAAAUUUGCGCCUGUAAUCAAUUUGCCACCAGAUGAUAUAACUCCGAUGCUUAAUCCAAUCCCUUUUACUCAAUGGGGGAUGGAUAUAGUAGGGCCAUUUCCUUCAGCAACAAGAGGAAGGAGGUUUUUUAUAGUGGGGGUUGACUACUUUACAAAGUGGAUAGAGGCAGACCCGGUAGCAAAUAUAAUAGCAUUUGAAGUAAAAAAGUUCAUCUGGAAGAGUAUCUUCACCAGGUUUGGUUUGCCGAUGGCAAUGGUGUUUGAUCAUGGGUCGCAAUUUGAUUGUAAGCCAGUCAAAGAUCUUUUAGCAAUGUACAAAGUCAAGUUUGCAUAUGCAGCAGUAUGUCAUCCACAGUCGAAUGGCCAGGUCGAAUCCGCAAAUAAGCAAAUCAUAAAGGCAAUUAAAAAGAAAAUUGAAGAUGCGAAGGGUUUAUGGGCUGAUUUAAUACCAGAAAUCCUUUAG